CGACACGACAUGAAGUUCCGUUCCCGCGCUGUUUCCUGUCAGCUGUGUUUUGAUGUAGCUGUCAAUGUCAUUAAAAAUAACAGAAAGUUCGUAAAAAUUUCGUAUAAAAAUUUGUUAAAAGACGCAUUACUCUAUGAAAAUCGCAUGUUAUUAUAUUUUUAUUGAAAAAAUCAAGACAUAUUAUUGCUUGCUCCUUAAAUUCUUUUAUCCAUCUUCAAUUUCUCUUAAUUAUGAUUAAUGACAAAGGUUAAAAUGUGAUUACAUCAAUGAUGUAUUUCUAGAGAAGAGAACCUCAACUGAUGGUCUUAGAGUAUCUAAAAUGAUGAUCGUGGCAAAAGUUAGUGAAAAAUAUAAGUGAAUCUAUGCCGUAUUAAGAUUCCUCCAAAACAUCAAAGAUGGGUGAGAAAUCUGGCAAUAGUAAAGACGACAAAAACAAAGUUCGUCGAUGUAUGGAAUGGUUGCAGCAACAGAAUAAUGAAGGCACAGAGAAGUUAUCCUUAGGAAAUAAGAAUGAUAUACAGUUUAUUAUACAAACCCAUGCUGCAAGAAAGAACUUUUUGCUGGCUGUGGCCGAGGACGAUGCGACCGUGCCUAGUGGCAUCAACGAACCGGUUUUAGAACCUAAACCAGUGACUCGCUACAGACUCCGUGUUUCCAACUUGCAAAUGGAAUGUGAAUGGCCAACAUGUAAGAAGACAUUUACGGACUAUGAGGUUUACCAGAAACAUGUUAGAAAACAUGCUACGGACAUGCAUGUUAUAGAGAAGGAAUCUAGCGCUGAAUUGGUCUGCCUCUGGGAUGUGUGUGGGCAUAAAACAUCGGACUUCAAUGAAAUGGUGCGUCACAUGAACUACCACGCUUACCAUGGCAAGUUGCUGGCAAUCGGCUUCAAUGGCCGCACGACCCUCAAACUGGAGUGCUGUAAGAAAGACUCCAGCAAACGAAAUCAGAUACCGGUACAAGUUAGUGAUUAUACUUGUAUGUGGAUUAAGUGUGACAUGAAAUUUACUUCGAUACAGACGUUCAUAGAUCAUGUGAAUCUCCAUGCGAAUUACUCUGAAGACUACAUAUGUUCUUGGGCUGGUUGUGGAGCGAAGUUUCCUCGAAAAGCAAUGCUCAUCCCACAUGUACGGAGUCACACAGGGGAGCGACUGAUUGCUUGCUACCACUGCGGACACCAUUUUGCUAAUAAUAGGAAGCUUACUGAUCAUUUGCGGAGACAGAAUGUGACGCAAAAUUCGAUAUACGUUUGCUCGGUGUGCGGCACGCGGUGCGCCACCGAGUACUUACUGGGCGAGCACACGCGCGGACACAUCAGUAUGUUCGCGUGCAGUCUGUGCGACAUGUCCGCCACCUCGCCCGCCGCGCUCGCCAACCACGUGCGCUACCGACAUCUGGCCCGGGGGGAGGCGGCCACUCACGCGUGCCCCCAUUGCCCUUAUAAAGCAAUAAGAAGAUGGGACCUCCGCCAACACGUGAAAACACAACAUAAGAAGAAAAAGAAGAAACUGAGAUCAAAGAAGAUCAAGUCUGAAGAGACUUCUGAUAAAGAAAUAUCUUCUGACAUAGAUGGAGAUUCUGAAUCUGAUUCGGAUAGUAAGGAAAGAAAAGUGAGGAGAUCUGAUAGGAAAUAUGUAUGUCACAUGUGUCCGGAGAAGAAUAUGAAAAUAUUUACUAAAGGGAACGCAUUGACUAUGCACUUGGUGAAGGAGCAUGGUGCGCAGUGGUCCUUUGGUCAUAGCAGAUUUAGAUACCAACUAUGCGAAGAUGGACUGUACAGACUAACUACAACACGCUACGAAUCGUUAGAAGUAUCAAAGAAGAUUAUGGAUGGCUACACAAGUCCGAAGAAAAUAGUCCUAACUAACAUACAAUUUAAGUUAAGACAAGUUGCCAAUGCCACGGCAACUACACCAAGAAGUUUCGAGAUCACAUUGAAGAAUGAUGACAUUAAAAAGGACAACGAUCAUGAUGACAUGGAAGUUGAUACAAAACCGAUCCGUGAUGACAAUGUAGAGAUUAUGAUGUGCGAUGUUGAUGAAGAAGGGAACAUCAUCAGUAGUGAGUUAAUUAAUUCUGUCAUUCCGAAGCUGGAGAAGGAGGUAUGAUAUUGUAUCUAUUUUUAGAGACAUGAUAAUUUAUGUUCAUAACGAAUUACACGCUUAACAUUUUGAUCAGGUAACUCGACUAUAGUCGACACGAUUUAAGAGGUCAACUCUAACGUUUGUCAGUCUAUGUACUGCUCUAUAACUUGUUAUGAACGUCCUGGGACGUCCAUGUAUUUACGCUAUUUUGGAAGUUCAUGAGGUAUUAUAUUUUCUAAUAUAUUAUAUAAAUUUUAAUUCGAUAUGACUUUGGAAUCGGUCAUAAAGAGCAUGCCAUCUAUGUAUCUCUCACUACAUGGUUGCUGUCAGUUUUUUUUUCUGAGGGGGAAGUCAUCCAAUGAUUUCUCCCGCCUGGGUGAGGCGGGAGGGAGUGUCAGACUCUUAUUGACUAAGCCACCUCGUUCCUACCCCUGCACUUCGACUGUUAAGUCGUGUCGUGUUCCUCUUAGGGCCUAUUUUUCAAUGCUCAGAUAAAUUUUAAUUGAGGAAUAAGUUUAAAUUUUUGACAAUUCCUUUAAACUAAAAACUGUCAACUGCCAAUUUUGUUCUAUAGUAAAGAAUUAACUGAUGACUGUAAAAUCGGCCCUUAGUAUGUCGACUAUAGUUUCAAGCCACGCUAAGGACUUAUAUUUCAGAUGGCAGCGCGUCGUUCAUUGCAUCGUGUGAUAAGCAAUAUUGCUCUUGAAUAUGAGCCCCUAACGUGGUUUGAAAAUAGUUAAGUUACUUAGUCAAACAGUCGCGAUGGAGCUGUUAAACAUAAAUAAUAAAUUAAUUAGUGUUAUAAGCAAUAUUUGCCUUUUCACAUGUUGUAUGAAAUGUUUAUUGUUAUAUAAUUGAUAAUCAAUACAUAGUAUAAAACAAAGUCGCUUUCGCUGUAUGU